UCCUCAUCAACCAAAGAAGCAUAUUUUCGUGGACCCCCCCCCCCGCCGCGAGUCUCCAUCUCUCUGGCGCACUCCGCUAGAGAUUCUAUUCUCUCAACUGACCUUUUUCCAAUAAAUCGUGAUAUCUUUCCGCGCUGCUGUUCUUUCUGAUCCGGAUAGGAUCAGAAGGUCGGAUUGAUUGGGAAAUAACAGGUGUUGACCUUAAAAAAAUCAUAAGGAACGACUGAUGUGCUUGUAGUGGAUUUAUAUUAGGACAGUGACUUGCUUGCGAUGGCUUUCAAACCUGUGGAUUGGUUUUGUCAGCCUAAAAAGAAUGGAGUGUGGGGAGCAGGAGACAAUGCAUUUGGAGCUUUUACUCCUUGUGCGACGGAUACACUUGUGAUUACUAUUUCAAAUUUUAUACUCAUGGGUCUCUGCUUGUACCGGAUAUGGUUAACCAAGACAAACUUUAAAAUCAAGAGGUUUUGCUUGAAAUCGAGUUACUGUAAUUAUCUAUUGGCAUUGGUGGCUGCCUAUUGCACUGCUGAACCUCUAUACAGAUUGGUCAUGGGAGUGUCGGUAUUGAAUCUUGAUGGGUUUGGUCUUGCCCCAUACGAGAUUGUUUCACUCGUCAUUCAAGUUCUUGCUUGGUUGUCUGUCUUGAUCAUGACUCUUAUAGAAACUAAGGUUUACAUUUACGAGUUUCGGUCGGUUGUGAGGUUUGGACUCAUUUAUGCAUUAGUAGGGGAUGCUGUCAUGGUCAAUAUGAUUCUUCAAGUCCAGGAGUUCUAUGACAGAUCUGUUAUAAUUUUGUAUCUCAGUGAGGUCGCGGCUCAGGUUUUAUUCGGUGUGCUUUUGCUUGUUUAUUACCCAAGUUUGGAUCCUUAUAUGGGCUAUAUUCCUAUGCAAAUUGAAUCUGUUGAUACGGCUGAAUAUGAAGAACUUCCUGGAGGAGAGCAGAUAUGUCCUGAGAGACAUGCCAACAUAUUCUCCAAAUUCACUUUUUCAUGGAUGAAUCCAAUUAUGCAACUGGGAUUUAAGAAGCCUCUCACAGAUAAGGAUGUCUGGAAGCUUGAUACAUGGGAUAGGUCCGAGACACUGAAUGAGAAGUUUCAACAAUGCUGGGCGGAGGAAUCACGCAAACCUAAACCUUGGCUUUUGAGAGCAUUAAACCGUGCUCUUGGUGGAAGGUUUUGGUGGGGAGGCUUUUGGAAGAUUGGUAAUGAUGCCUCCCAGUUUGUAGGGCCACUAAUAUUAAAUAAACUUCUACAGUCGAUGCAAAAUGGAGAUCCUGCUUGGACUGGUUAUAUCUAUGCCUUCUCAAUCUUUCUUGGAGUGGUAUUUGGGGUGUUGUGUGAAGGCCAAUACUUCCAGAAUGUCAUGCGGGUUGGUUAUAGGCUACGAGCAACUUUGAUUGCUGCUGUGUUUCGAAAGUCUUUAAGGCUAACCCAUGAGAGUCGCAAAAAGUUCUCGUCGGGAAAAAUAACAAAUUUGAUGUCAACUGAUUCUGAAGCACUUCAGCAAAUUUGCCAGUCACUUCACACUUUGUGGUCAGCUCCUUUCCGUAUCGUUAUUGCAAUGAUUUUGCUUUACCAACAGUUGGGUGUAGCUUCCUUGCUUGGUGCGCUACUGCUUGUUCUUUUGUUUCCCAUACAGACGGUUGUGAUAAGUAGAAUGCAAAAGUUUUCCAAGGAAGGAUUGCAGCGUACUGACAAGAGAAUUGGCCUCAUGAAUGAAAUUCUGGCUGCUAUGGACACUGUGAAAUGUUAUGCAUGGGAGGACAGUUUCAAAUCCAAAGUCCAGAAUAUUCGAAAUGAGGAGCUGGGAUGGUUUCGUAGGGCACAGCUACUUGGAUCGUUCAAUUCCUUUUUGUUGAAUAGUAUUCCCGUCCUAGUUAUUGUGGUUUCAUUUACGUUGUUCACGUUACUCGGGGGUGAUCUAACACCUGCAAGGGCUUUCACAUCACUUUCUUUGUUCGCGGUUCUACGUUUUCCACUGUUCAUGCUUCCAAAUAUAAUAACCCAGGUUGUCAAUGCAAAUGUAUCUCUAAAACGUCUAGAAGAACUUCUUUUGGAAGAAGAGAGGGUUCUUCUACCUAAUCCACCCAUUCAACCAGGACUUCCUGCAAUUUCCAUUAAAGAUGGAUCAUUCUCUUGGGAUUCAAAGUCAGAGAAGCCAACAUUGUCAAAAAUAAACUUGGACAUACCCAUUGGUAGCUUAGUAGCUGUUGUUGGCAGUACUGGAGAAGGAAAGACAUCACUUAUCUCCGCAAUGCUUGGCGAACUUCCUUCUAUUGCUGAUUCAAAUGUUGUUAUCAGAGGAACAGUUGCUUAUGUUCCACAAGUUUCUUGGAUUUUCAAUGCAACUGCACGUGAGAACAUACUCUUUGGAUCUCAAUUUGAUCCUGCAAGGUAUGAGAAGGCGAUAGAGGUGACUGCACUGCGACAUGACCUUGAGUUGCUUCCUGGUGGUGAUCUUACUGAAAUUGGUGAAAGGGGUGUCAAUAUUAGUGGUGGACAGAAGCAAAGGGUUUCCAUGGCUAGAGCUGUAUAUUCAAAUUCUGAUGUUUACAUAUUUGACGAUCCUUUAAGUGCUCUAGAUGCUCAUGUUGGUAGACAGGUCUUUGGAAGAUGCAUCAAGGAAGAACUAAAAGGGAAAACCCGUGUUCUAGUCACUAACCAGCUACAUUUUCUCUCAGAAGUUGAUAGAAUUAUUGUGGUCCAUGAAGGCACAAUCCUAGAAGAUGGGACUUAUGAAUACCUCUCCAGAAAUGGUGCUAUGUUUCAAAAACUGAUGGAAAAUGCUGGUAAAGUGGAAGAAUAUGAGGAAGAUGAGGAAGUUGUUGAAAAUGACAACAAUAAAUCCUCAAAACCUACAGUUAAUGGAGGGGCCAUUGAGUUGCCCAAGGAAGCUGGCAAUGCAAGUAAACGUAAAGAAGAAAAAUCUGUCCUUAUCAAGCAGGAAGAACGCGAAACAGGAGUUGUCAGCUCUAGGGUUUUAAACAGGUACAAGGACGCUUUAGGAGGGCUGUGGGUAGUUUCAAUUCUCUUUGCAUGCUAUGUCUCAACUGAAAUUCUCCGGAUCUCAAGUAGCACAUGGUUAAGCACUUGGACAAAUCAAAGCUCUUCGAAUAGAUACAGUACAAAUUUCUAUAAUUUGAUAUAUUCACUACUAUCAUUUGGUCAGGUCUUGGUGACAUUGGCAAACUCAUAUUGGAUGAUCUUAUCUAGCCUUUAUGCGGCCAGAAAGUUGCAUCAUGCCAUGCUUAACUCUAUAUUAAGGGCUCCAAUGGUCUUCUUCCAUACAAACCCUCUUGGACGGGUUAUCAACAGAUUUGCUAAGGAUGUUGGUGACAUAGAUCGUUCCAUUGCGCCAUUCAUGAAUAUGUUUCUUGGCCAGGUGUCACAGCUUAUAUCAACUUUCAUCUUGAUAGGAAUUAUCAGCAUAAUGUCCCUAUGGGCAAUAUUGCCUCUUUUGGUGUUCUUUUACAUGGCUUAUCUGUAUUAUCAGAGUACAUCCCGGGAGGUAAAGCGUAUGGAUUCCAUCACAAGAUCUCCUGUAUAUGCUCAAUUUGGAGAAGCACUAAAUGGUCUGUCAACUAUUCGAGCAUAUAAAGCUUAUGACAGAAUGGAAAAUAUUAAUGGAAAAUCCAUGGAUAACAAUAUAAGAUUCACUCUUCUGAACAUGAGUGCAAACCGGUGGCUUGGAAUUCGUCUUGAAACACUGGGAGGCCUGAUGAUUUGGCUUACUGCAACCUUUGCUGUCAUGCAGAAUGGAAGAGCCUCAAAUCAAGAAGAAUUUGCUUCUACAAUGGGUCUUCUUCUAAGUUAUGCUCUAAACAUUACAAGCCUACUGACAGGUGUGCUAAGACUGGCAAGUUUGGCUGAGAACAGUUUGAAUGCCGUUGAGCGGGUUGGUACAUAUAUUGAUUUGCCUUCUGAAGGCCCCACAAUCGUGGAAAGUAAUCGUCCCCCACCCGGUUGGCCUUCAUCGGGUUCUAUUAAAUUUGAAGAUGUGGUCCUUCGUUAUAGGCCUGAACUUCCUCCUGUCCUGCAUGGUUUGACCUUCAAGGUUUCCCCCAGUGACAAGGUUGGAAUAGUUGGGAGAACUGGUGCUGGGAAGUCUAGUAUGCUUAAUGCCUUAUUUCGUAUUGUUGAACUGGAGAGUGGAAGAAUCUUAAUAGAUGAUUUUGAUGUCGCAAAAUUUGGAUUGACUGAUCUACGUAAGGUGCUGGGUAUUAUCCCACAAGCACCUGUUCUUUUCUCUGGAACGGUUAGGUUUAAUCUUGAUCCUUUUAGUGAACACAAUGACGCUGACCUUUGGGAAGCUUUAGAAAGGGCUCACCUCAAGGAACCAAUAAGAAGGAAUGCUCUUGGUCUAGAUGCCGAGGUGUCCGAAUCUGGGGAGAAUUUCAGUGUUGGGCAGAGGCAACUGUUGAGUCUUGCCCGAGCAUUGCUUCGUAGGUCUAAGAUCCUUGUUCUUGAUGAAGCAACUGCUGCUGUAGAUGUCAGAACGGAUGCUCUUAUUCAGAAGACAAUAAGGGAGGAAUUCAAAUCAUGUACCAUGCUUAUCAUUGCUCAUCGACUCAACACCAUUAUAGAUUGUGACCGAGUCCUCUUGCUGGAUUCUGGACGGCUUUCCGAAUAUGACACCCCAGAAGAGUUGCUGCAGAAUGAAGAUAGUGCUUUCUCGAAGAUGGUUCAGAGCACAGGAGCAGCUAAUGCCGAGUAUUUACGCAGCUUAGUGCACGCAGGAGAUAGAGUAAAUAAAUCGGAGAGGGAAGCGGAGAAAAAACUAGAUGGGCACAGAAAAUGGCUGGCAUCUUCGCGAUGGGCAGCUGCUGCACAGUUUGCUCUUGCUGUUAGCCUCACCUCUUCUCACAAUGAUCUUGUUCAGUUGGAGAUUGAAGACGAUAAUAAUAUCCUGAGGAAAACAAAGGAUGCUGUUAUUACUCUUCAGAAAGUUCUCGAAGGAAAACACGACAAAGUUAUUGAAGAGACACUUGAGCAGUAUCAGGUUCCUCGUGAUAGAUGGUGGUCCUCUCUCUACAAAAUGGUAGAAGGUCUUGCGGUUAUGAGUAGGCUGGGUCGUAACAGGCCAGAAUUCGGGUUUGAUGAUGAUAGAAGAAUCAAUUGGGACCAGAUUGAUAUGUGAGGUGUUACUAAAUAGUUAGGAUUACCUGUAUCUCACUUUGUAACUUAUUUAUUUUCCUGAAUUUAUAUUGUGUAACCAAUAAGUGAGGAUGAGAAUGUCAAAUUUUAUUGUGUUAACUAUAAAUAGUACUUAAUGAUUUCUCUUAUGAAUCAUUUUGUAGUAAUGUGAAAUUAAGGGUACAAUAUCCAAAACCUAUAUUGCAAUUUUUUGUUUUGUUUUGUU